AUGAAUGUGGAUGAAUUACCUGACGAAAGUGAUAGUAGCGAUGAAGAUUAUGAUCCUGGAAAACAGGAGGAUGCCCCAUCAGAAGUGGACUCCGAUGGAGAACCAGAAGAUAUUUUAUCAGGUUCUGAAGAAACCAUCGAGAAUGGAUCCAAUAAGACAAGACGAAAGAAAAAUAAGAAACAGAAUAGAGUGAAAUCAAAUAAACGCGGAAGUGAGGGAACAGGUAUUGAGGAAGUUAAUGAGAAUAAAGGAAGUGUGGAGGAACAAAAGCAAAAUAUUGAUGAUAUUUGGGCAGAUUUCAUGAAGGAUACAGGUUUCAAAUCCAAAAAUAAUACAAACCCAGCAGAACCUGAAACUCCAAAAAGUAAACUAAAUGAGCCAAAAAGUGGACCCCAAAAAUCAGUAGAUGAAAUCAAUAAUAAACCUUCAGAAAAAGUGAAAAUCACUCAGGUAUUUGAAUUUGCUGGUGAAGAAGUGAAGGUUGUGAAAGAAGUGGCAGUAGAUUCAGCUGAGGCAAGAUUGUUAGCAACUAGUACUGAUGAAAUACCCAAAUCUAGUAAAGGCAAGAGGAAUAUAGGGCUAAGUGGAAUAGGAAAUGUAUUGAGUCAGCUAACAAAAAAACCCAAAAUCAGUACAUUGGAAAAAACCAAAUUAGAUUGGGAUAACUUCAAAAAGGAAAAUAAUAUUGAGGAAGAUCUCCAAACUCAUAACAAAGGAAAAGAUGGUUAUCUGGAAAGGCAAGAUUUCUUGCAAAGGGCAGAUCUGAGGAGAUUUGAGAUAGAAAAGAAUAUUCGUUCCAUUGAGAGGAGUAAGAGAUUCAAUAGCACUCUAUAA